AUGAUGAAAACACUUUUUGUCACUUUCAUCGCCUUUCUUGGGACGAUCAACGCCGCAUCGCUUUCGACCGGGAAAAUCGUCGGAGGAUUCCGGGUCGACAUCGCUGACGUUCCCUACCAAGUCUCACUUCAGAUCAAUGGCCGACACAUUUGCGGAGGAUCCAUUAUCGCAUCCCGGUGGGUUCUAACUGCUGCUCACUGUACAACCAGAACUUCGUUGCCUUACACUGUACGGAUCGGUUCUACCGUUCGUUCCGUUGGCGGUGUAGUCGUCAAAGUUCAGUCUGUGACUCCCCAUCCGCAGUACAACAAGGAAACAACAGACUACGAUUAUUCUCUGCUGGAACUAGCCGAAAGUAUAGGUUACACACGUCGAAUUCAAAAAAUUGCCCUUCCGGAGACAGGGGAAGUUCUUGAGGACGGUUCAAUGUGCACUAUUUCCGGUUGGGGUGAUACCAGAAGCUUCGAGGAGAGUUCACAGCUACUGCGGGCAGUUAAUGUACCGUCAGUUAACCAGUUGAAAUGUAAGACUGCAUAUGCUUCAUCAAACCCCGUGACGGAACGAAUGAUCUGUGCCGGGUACGCCGCUGGAGGUAAGGAUUCCUGUCAGGGAGAUUCCGGUGGUCCACUGGUUGUAAACGGUAAAUUGGUCGGAGUGGUUUCCUGGGGGAAAGGAUGCGCUCAACCAAAGUUUCCCGGAGUAUAUGCUCGUGUUUCAGCCGUGCGCGAAUGGAUUACCCAAGUUUCUGGGGUAUGA